UUUCAGUGCCGUUGGUCGUUUUCCUACCUCCUUCCCGAACAGCUGAGGCUCCAUUUUGUUUGAUUUUAGGGUUUGUGGUCACUGUGGACGGAAAGCACGGAAAUACGUCGCGGACCACUUCAAACAUCGCCAACAUGAGCGGGUGUCGUAUUUUCAUUGGUCGCCUGAGCCCCUCGGCCAGAGAGAAGGAUGUGGAGAGAUUCUUCAAGGGAUACGGCCGCAUCCGAGAUAUUGACCUCAAGAAAGGCUUCGGCUUUGUGGAGUUUGACGACCCCAGAGAUGCUGAAGAUGCUGUUUAUGAGCUUGAUGGCAAAGAGUUGUGCAAUGAAAGGGUGACCAUUGAGCACGCCCGUGUACGUCUGCGAGGUGGCCGCGGCAGAGGAGCCGGCGGCGGUGGUGGCCGUUUCUCUGAUCGCUAUGGCCGAGGCUCCCAGAGCAGUCGGAGUCGAAACCCUCCUCCGAUGCGCACUGAGAACCGCCUGAUUGUGGAGAACUUGUCCUCUCGCGUCAGCUGGCAGGACCUGAAAGAUUUCAUGAGACAAGCUGGAGAGGUGACAUUUGCUGACGCGCAUCGCCCCAAGGUCAAUGAAGGGGUUGUUGAGUUUGCCUCUUACAGUGAUCUGAAAAACGCCCUCGAGAAACUGUCUGGAAAGGAAAUGAACGGCAGGAAAAUCAAGCUCAUUGAGGCAGCCAAGAAGAGGUCGAGAAGUCGUUCCCGGUCCGAGAGUUCCUCCCGCUCACGGUCCCGUUCCCGUGGUCGCUCUCCAUCUCGCUCCCCCAGACGCUCCCGCAGCCCCGCCAAGGCCCACAACCGCUCCCGCUCUCGCACCGGCUCCCCUGCCGGCGGCACCUCCUCCCCGACCCCCAAAUCGAAGGAGCCCACAAAACGGUCCUCCAAGACGAGCAAGUCCGCCACUCCGCCGUCCCCUCUGCCGGCUCAGAGAGCCUCCGUCUCUCGCUCCCGCUCCCGCUCCCGCUCUCGCUCUCGCUCCCGUUCCCGCUCCCGCUCCCGCUCCCGUUCUCGCUCUCCGUCCACCGACAGCCAGCGCUAAAGGCGGCGUUUAGUUUAACCAGUCGUUAAAAGGAGUAACUCGUUUCAGCAGUAGAAUCGGCUUGGAUGAGUUGGCACACUGGAGCUCCCGCGAUCUCUUCUGAACGCCGAGACGAGACUUUUCUUCGAGUAAAGUUUGUUUUUUUUCCUGUCUGGAUUGUUGUCAUUGCUGUUCUCAAGUUCUUCACUUUUAAAACACAGAUCCGUUUGUCAGAACGAUAAUACUGAGUCGGAUAUUUUACUGUCGAAACGGGCAUUUUGAAAUUCGAUAACUGAAUGUUGUUUGUUUCACCUCAUUACUCAUCCAGUUUGGACCCAUGUGUAUGUUUACUCACAGUGACUCCUCACCUCUGAAUUUACUCAUCCGACUAGACUGUGGGUCCAGUCCGGUCCAGAACCAGGGUCUGAAAUUAGCUCCUGCUGGAUGAAUUGUUGGCAGUGCAGGUAAAUUCAUCAGGCUUCGGGCCAAUUAGGCAGACAGAGAAAACGCACAACAGAAAGACACAUUUAAUAAGGCGAGUGUGUGAUUAGAUAGAGCUGCGCACUUGAACUUUGCUCGCAAUGGUCAUAUAAAAGCAAUAGGAAAGAGGAUUUGCUUUACCCUGUUUAUUAUCAUAUGUAGAAGUCCAUUAUUGCGUUCCUUGUGAUGCAGACUCCAUCGAAACUAAACAUUCUGCGAUCACUCGUGAUCCAUUUCCUCAAUACGGAUAAUGUUUUUAUAGAUCUUCAUUCAGUCGGACAACCUCAAGGUUUUUGUGUGCGCCAGUCACUAUUACAAGGAAUCUAAUAAUGGACUGAUGCAUGUGAUGAUAAAGAGAUUAAAGAAUGAAGCACAUCCUCUUUCCCACCACACACAUGUACUACACAGCCUGUAUCCAGUAAGAAGAGAGAGAGGUUUACACUAAGUUUAUGGAUUUUAUAAUACUUAGCUUAAGGAGGUGCUGCUCACAAUAAAACACUCUUCACAAUAAAAGAUGUCGAAAGGGUUUAAAUGUUAUUCCUUCAUUUAGUUCAUAGAUGUGGGUGCAAAAGUGGCAGAUUAUUUAAAAUAAAAAAGUGUCAGUGAGAAAAGUUAAUUUCAAACCCUGUCCAUUAUUUUUUUCCACAAAACCACCAAAAUGCCCAAGUCAGGUCUCACUGUUUUCAGAGUUCGUAAUGUCUACACUUUAAAGAGGGAAUCUGUAUUUUUCAGCUGUGCUCGGAUGCUUUUGAGAAGUCACGUGACCGUGUUCUUCACUUUUUUUUUUUUUUGCAAUACUUUAGCUUGUGGGUAGAAUUUUUUUAAACUCUUUUUACAUUCGUGUCCUCCAAGUCCCUUCACCUCUCUUUAUUUGUAGCUGCCUCAGCUGGUCUAUGUGAUAUCUAUAACUUCGGAUGCUCGCAUGUGCUUCUGUUUGAUCCAGCUUUAGACUCCUUAUUACCAAAAGCGUUUCCUUUGCUCUUGAAGCUCAAACACAAACCACCGUCAUAACUGGCAUUGGCAGCUUCAGCGUCGACGACACUGUACGGUUGUGCACAUUGUUCCAGCAGUUAAACAGCUGUACACUAAAUUUACUGUCAGUUUCACGGAUCUCACCUUUACCUGCAGUUGACUGUUGAUCUUAUUUUGUUGGGAGAUGUAAUACUACUUUGAGGAUAAAGUCAACACUUUAAUUUCAACACUUCGAACGGUGUUGCCUACAGAAUGCAGUUUAUUCUAGUAUUGUGAUUUUCUUUUUGUGUGUGUGUAUGUGUAGGGUUUUGUGUACAGCGUUUGCAUACUUUUGUUUUAGCGUGUGAAGUUUUUCCAAGAGUACUUGUUGGUACUGUGGUUGCGGUUCAAAUGAACGCGACAAGAGUUUGGAAAAAUCAGCAUUUUUGUACAUAAGGAGCUUAUUUUCAGUGGAAAAAUAUGAUGGUUGUUUGUAUGGUGUAGGAAGAAAAUUGAGUUAAACAAUAAAACAAUUUUAACUAA